GUAUAAAUAUGUACGAAAUCGUGAAAUGAAUACAUUCGUUCUCUGACCAUUGGUGAUUAAGACGACAGACUAUUACCGGUGAUAUAACAUCAGAACCCCACAAAAUAUCAGACGAUGGCUUCUGGCGACCGUGAGGACAUUCGACUAGUAUUACUAGGAAAGAAAGGUGUAGGCAAAAGUUCCCUGGGAAACAGUUUGCUUGGGAGAAAAGAGUUUAAAUCGACUCCUCUGCAAGCAAAAUGUCGGAAAGGAUCGACCACACUUGCAGAUGGAACCAACCUCGAUGCUGUUGACACACCAGGCAUUGCGGACACUACAGCUUCGACCACGGAGACAUUUGAAGAACUUACACGAUGUAUAGAGCUUUCAACCCCAGGUCCCCACGUGUUCCUGCUUGUUCUGAAGAUUGAUAGAUUUACACAGGAGGAGAUAGACACAAUCAAACAUCUUAAAUAUUGGUUUGGGCAGGAUUUCAUGAAAUACGCAGUAUUUAUUUUCACCGGUAAAGAUUCACUGGAUUAUGAUGGUUCAACGAUUAACCAGCAUCUUGAGAACAGUCCGUCUGAAAUGAAAGCACUUAUCGGGGACGCAGGCAGGCGGGUUGCAGCAAUUAACAACCGGGGUCGUGGUCCUGAACUUGAAGUCGAUGUUAAGACCAUAAUGACUCUAGUAAAACAAGCCAUACGGAUUAACAAUUGUCAAUAUUACACCAAAGAAAUGUACCAACAGGCUGUACAGGCGCGUGCCAAGCAACCAGGUUGGGUGGAAGAUGAGCAAUUUAAUGGCGAAAAAGAUUUGCGAAUACGUGAAACAUUAAAGAGAUACAGAGAAGACGAAGAGGCACAGAGAACCAGAAAAAACAAAGAUCUGCACAUUGAAACCAUGCCAUCAGAGAAUUCGAACAGUGAAAUUAGGAUCGUCAUUCUUGGUAAAACAGGAGUGGGUAAGAGCUCCCUGGGAAAUCACCUGAUACAGAACAACUGCUUCCAAUCAAGUUCUACUGGAACAUCAGUCACGUCCAUCUGUCAAUUCGGCCAGGAUAUAAGACUGGUGCUCAUUGGAAAAUCAGGCACAGGCAAAAGUUCGCUGGGAAAUAAUUUGCUUGGGAGAAAAGAGUUUAAAUCCACCUCGCUACAGAACACUAAUACAUUGAUACCUGAAUGUCGUCGUGGGUCGAUCCAACUUGGAGAUGGAACCAAUCUAGUUGUUGUUGAUACACCAGGAAUUGCUGACACUACAACUUCGACCACAGAAACAUUUGAAGAACUUACACGAUGUAUAGAGCUUUCAAACCCAGGUCCCCACGUGUUCGUGCUUGUCCUGAAGAUUGAUAGAUUUACACAGGAAGAGAUGAACAUAAUCAAACAUCUCAAAUAUUGGUUUGGGCAGGAUUUCAUGAAGUACGCAGUAUUUAUUUUCACCGGUAAAGAUUCACUGGAUUAUGAUGGUUCAACGAUUGGCCAGCAUAUUGAGGGCAGUCCAUCUGAAAUAAAAGCACUUAUCCGGGAAGCAGGCGGACGGAUUGCAGCAAUUAACAACCGAGUUCCCGGACCAGAACUUAAAGCUGUAAUGAAUUUGGUCAAACAAACCGUACAGAUCAACAAUGGUCAAUAUUACACCCAACACAUGUACCGUCAGGCUGUAAAGGAGAGGGAGGGACAACCAAGUCUGAUGGAAGAUGAUCAGUUCAAGGAUGUAAAAGAUCUCCGAAUACGGGAAAUGUUGAGGGGGCAAACAAGACGACAAGAUACAAAGGAUCAAGUAGAAAACGAUCGAUUAUUUAUUAUCACAUUAGCCACAGGUGCUUGGUAUUAUUUGACCAGACUAAUCUUAUAUGUUUACAAUUAUUUCAGGCGUGAAUUAUUACGCUGAUCAUCAAUUAUAUUACCGUUAAAUAUUUUUCUUUAUGUGUGUAUUGUAAACAGAAACAAAUAGUUAUUGUAAUCAACGUUAUUCAUUGUAAUCAACGUUAUUCAUUGUCAAAUCAACAUUUAAUCACCAAAUAAUACAGUUUCAAUAUGAAUACGGACUGAUUAUUCCGAUUUACAAAAAAAUAUUGUUAUUGAAUAAAUACAAAUAAAAAAUUCAUCGCUGUUCUCUAGGUGCUGUUUUGACGUAUGAUAAAUUACAAAUAUUAAUUAACUAAUACAGCAUGUCUCAAGUAGAAUAGAAUUUAAAUUGUGUAUUUUGAAGUAAAUUUAAAUAAAUUUAGAGUUGUU